AAUCAGAAAGUUUUUAAAUAAAUAAAUAAAUAAGUUUCCCCAUCAAAAUUAAAUAAAAGACCAUUUUGAGGGAGAAACAUUUAUUUUUUAAAAAAAAUAUAUAAAAAAAUAUGGCUUUAAGGAACCAAAUUUCUUUCUCAAUGGUCUCUUUGGCCUUCAUCACAUUAACCCUCGUGGCAUGCCAAAAACCAGCCCUGGCCCACCAACCGGCCGCCGCCAGCCCGUUCUGCGACGGCCUGCCGGCCGAACAGGCGGCCUUCUGCGGGGAGGCCCUGCAGGGAGAGACGGAGUGGAAGAAGGCGGUGGUGGCGGUGAUCAAGGCGACCAUCAAGAAGGUGAAGUCGGCGGAGUACGCGGCGCGGUCGAUCGGGUCCGCCCUGCCGCCGAGCGUGCCGGAGUCGGACCGGGAGAACAUCGACGAGAAGUGCCACAGCGGCUUCGAGUACGCCCUCCACAACUUGCGCCGCUCCGUCAAGCGCAUCCGCAGCGGCGUCUACGCCAGGACCGACAACGUCGUCUACUCCGCCUGGGCCGGGAUCUUCGAGUGCAGUGGGGCCCUCAAUCACUUCAAGGUGGACAUGAGUGUGGGGCCAUUCAAGGUUCAAGAUGAGGCGGAGAAGGCGGUGGGGGCUUGCCAUGCGGCGGUUACCAACGCCCUGAAUGCAGGAGGCUUGACCCAUUUCUCCGAGGAGACUUGAUGCAAUUAACAAAAAUAGAUAUAACUAAAUGGGGAAAUAUUAU